AUGAACGAUUCUAACGGAAACGCAACCUCACCUUCACCAUGUACCGUUUCGAUCCCUCCAUUCUCCGUCAACCGCCGCCGUCUCUCAACUUCCACAGUUUUCGUCGAGCGGAGCCGUCCAGUCUCAUCGGAGAAGCCAAUGGCUUGGAUUUCGCUUCAGGGACGGCUUGUCAAUGCCGAUGAAGCUAGCUCGGCUCGAACCAUUGGUGGUGGCCUAACGGACGAAUUAGCAUUAUCUUGGAAUCUCUUCUCUCCCAUUCAUCGAGUUCUCAUUGUUGCUGUUAUUGGUGCUGCUUCUUCCGUUGAUAGGGCGCAGAAAAAUCAAGAGAUAUUGAAGCUUAAGAAGUCCAUUGAACUUAGGGACCAGGUGUUAUCGAGCAUGCAGCAGAAGCUUGACGAUCUUUGUGAGCAGCUUAACAGUUCUGAAGUGAACAGAGUUGUUGCUAUCAACAAGUUAUCCAAUAAGGAUGGGGAGUUGCAAUUGGAAGAAACAUUUGGCUCCGAGAGAAUUAAGUUUGUUGAUUGUGGUUGUUGGCAUUGUGAAGAACAUUCUUCAUUCUAUAAUGAAUUGAUGCAGGAUGCCAAUAGUAGAAAAGCUUCGUGUGGAAAUGAGGUGCUCCAAUAUAAGUCACCAUUCCCUAACGAAGAACCAGAGGAGAGAAGAAUGUCUGACUGGUCAGAUUUAGCUUCAAGUGUCACAUUUGCUGCUGAUAUCCAGGGUGCCAAUAGUAGAAAAGCCUCUCGUGGAAAUGGAGUGUUCCAAUAUAAGUCACCCUUCUCUAAUGAAGAACAAGAGGAGAGAAGAAUGUCUGACUGGUCAGAUUUGGCUUCAAGUGUUACAUCUGCUGCUGAUAUCCAGUUAAACAACUUGGCUAUAGAACAAGAUAUUUAUAAUCUUAAGAGGGACUGCGAGGAGAAGGAGACGACAAUAAAUGAGUUAACCAUUCUGCUGAACUCUUCUGAGAUUGCUAACAGAAAGAGGGUUGCUGAGUUAGAAGACACUAUAGAGAGAAAGAACACAACAAUUUCAAAACUAAAGAAGGAUAUGGCUGUUCUAGAACAAAAGGUUAUGCAGCUUACAAGGCUUCGUCGACCAUCCUUCUCUGCAAAUAUUUCAAAUGAAAGUCAGUUGCCACAAAUGAGAGAUAAUCUCAUUUAUGAUAUGGACAGCACUACUAGCCCCUCGUCUUCUGAUUCUGAUAGUUCUCCUGUCAACAAUACACAAAAUCUUUGUGCUGAUGCCUUUGUGCCAAACCAGAAUUCCGAUUCUACAAUUGAUAACACAUCUACGCCAGCAAAAAUUGUAAAUUCAUCCGGGACACUCAUUGAACGCCGCUCACAAUCUCGAUACGCCAGUCCUCUUCAAGAAGUUCCAACUUAUCAUAAAUCUAAUACAGCUUCUUCUUCAAGCCAAAAGCAAUUGUCACCUCGCAAGGACUUAAAAAAGAGUAGAAGACGAUCUCUCCCUGGAGCUAAGACUGCGGGUGCACAUAAGAGAUGGGUUUAA